UAUACGUCUAUGCAUACAUUCGUACAUCGUAUUUCGUGAAUCGUGGUUUCAUCAAUAUAUUUAAAGAAAUAAUAAAGUUUAUUCAUUUACAAGCUGAAUAUUAAUUAACAAUUAAAAUUACAAGUGUGUGAUAAUAGUAAAUUGUGUAAUAUAUAUUUUCGUUGAUAAUUGUGAUGUUUUGUAAAAGUAAUAUCAAGAAUGCCAAUACAGGCACCACAGUGGACUGAAUUUCUCACUUGUCCAGUUUGCUGUCACGAUUUUGAUUCAACAGCUCGUGGACCAAUAUCACUAGGAUGUGGACACACUAUUUGUCGUACUUGCCUCGCUAAUUUACAUCGCAAGCAGUGCCCGUUUGAUCAAAAUAAUAUUAACACGGAAAUAGAAAUAUUACCACUAAAUGAAGCGUUAUUACAAUUAGUUGGUAUUACGACUCCAAAUGACAAUUACGUUCAUCAUACGUUAGUACAACCCGAAAAUCAUGGCGACUAUUUGAUUGCUAAAAAAUGUAUCGAAGAGUUAGCUCUCUAUUUAAAACCAUGUCAAGCAAUACCAGCAAAUGGUAUAGGCAUGGGCCUGGUGUCUCGACCAAUGCAACGAAAACUCGUGACGUUGGUCGGCUGUCAGUUGGUAGAACCAGAAGGACGAGCGCGUGCUGUGAGAGCGGCACGAAGUCUAGGCGAGCGUUCAGUUACUGAAUUAAUUCUCCAGCAUCAGAAUUCACAGCAGCUGAGUGCCAACUUGUGGGCAGCUGUUAGGGCUCGUGGCUGUCAAUUCCUUGGUCCAGCGAUGCAGGAAGAAGUACUAAAGUUAGUGCUACUUGCUUUGGAAGAUGGGUCUGCAAUGUCGCGUAAAGUGCUGGUGAUGUUUGUGGUCCAGCGACUGGAGCCGCAUUUCCCUCAGGCUUCCAAGACAAGCAUUGGACACGUGGUUCAACUUCUGUACCGCGCCAGCUGUUUCAAAGUAUCAAAACGUGAAGGAGAUUCUUCAUUGAUGCAGUUGAAAGAAGAGUUCAGGACUUACGAGGCGCUGAGACGUGAACACGAUGCACAGAUUGUUCAAAUAGCGACUGAAGCAGGUUUAAGAAUAGCUCCAGAUCAGUGGUCUGCUUUGUUGUACGGCGACACCGGUCACAAAUCACACAUGCAGAGUAUAAUAGACAAACUACAAACUCCUCAAUCGUUUGCUCAAAGUGUCCAAGAGCUGAUGAUUGCUCUACAGCGUACUCCAGAUCCCGGACAGCUGAGUAGUUUAAGGCCGCAACUGGAACUACUUGCUGGCAUUGAUCCCAAUCCUGAAAUCGAGUAUCCCAAUUGGGCGACAACACGCGCAGCUCUGGAAGCUGUAAAGACUGUAGUCACGGCACUCGUUGAAUACAUUCAGAAACACGGAAAUCGUAAAUCUCAAGAGAAUAUUCACAGUACUGGUCCAGGACAAUUGAAAUAUAAAAUCAGUAUGUGCCGUGAUUUAACUCUACGUGGUUCGUGUCCACGUGCUACUAAUUGUACAUUUGCUCACAGUGAUUUAGAACUAGACAAAUAUCGUUCGAAGCAUCGUAAGCUUAGCAUGCGUUCCAGUAUACCCUCAUCAGGUAGUCCAGACCAUAAAAUAACCAUCGAAAAACCAGCUGUAAUUUCACCAAUUCAAAUUCAACAAAAAUCAUUUACACCCCACACUGAUUCGAAUUAUCAAUCUAAAAUAAAUGACAGUCACUGUGAAAAUUUUUAUAACGUAGGUUCUGUUAAUUCGGUAAAUUGUUUACAACAUCCAUUAAUUAAUAACGAAAAUUAUAUGAACAAUAUGGGUAAUUACGUACUACCAAAUUCACAGUGUCAGCAAGUAACAGAUAAAAAUAUUGAUCUUCAAUGCCCGCAUUACAUUGUACAACCACCUAUUGAUUAUUCUAAUGUCAAUGCACACAUGUGGGAUACACUACAAGUACCUACUUCAGGUCUUAAUGGUCAUCAGAACAAUAACAAUAAUAAUAACAACAACAACAAAAAACAAAAAUCAGUUGCUAAAACUCUGGCGCUAUUAUUGCAACGGAGAAUGGAAAUAAUAAAUCAGUUGGAAAAUAUAAUUGGCAAGCCCACGAAUCAACAGCAAUUAAAAAUAAAUUAUGAUCCACAAGAUACAUUACCGCCUACUUAUUCCACGUGGACGAACGCUGCGCCUCUAUCACAAAUGACACCCCAACAAAUAAACUACGGAAAUAAUUUUCAUCGGUCUGACUCAAUAUUAUUUGACGAUGAAUUCAUUCCAUUUGACGCCUCUGCUGCUAAUAAAUACGGGCCGAUCUCCAGGAUAUCCAAGUCAAUAUUGAGGCCCGCUAAUGGUACGCAACACAAUCCCAUGUACGGUGAGAAUGUUAAUCCUGCAAUACAAAAUAUAAGACCAAUUUCUACUGCUAAUUCUGUUGGGCCCUGGUACUACACUCAGCCUUACGGAACUGUGGGAACAAAUACUGGAUUACAGACAAUACAAAAUUCAAAUUUGGGCGAAACUUACGUUACUUUGGAGCCUUGUAACAAAUUAUCAGAACCGUCACCUCAUGUUCAAUUAACACGACAAGAGAACGUGUCUAAAGAUCUUAUUUUGGAGUCUCAAAAAGUUAAGCAGCAGCUGAAGCAUUUGGAGAAAAAAAUAAAUGACUUGAAGUUAGCGACUCAAGGAGCAGCAUUUAAUGAGGGCGAAAGACUGACACAAGAACUUCAUAUAAUUGAAGCUGGCAUCAGGGAGAAAGAAAAGGAUGUUCGUAAUUGGGACUCUUAUUGCAAUGUAACUGGUGUGCAACCAGUGGAUUAUGUAUCCGAUCAAACAAUCACUCAAUCUAUAAAUAAUCCCGUCAAAGACCAGGAAGACUCUUACGAAGCAGAAAUAGCCAAUGACAUACGUGAGCUAGAAAUGCGAUGGGAUUACGAGCUACAAGAACAAGAAAAACGUUGGUCUAAUGAAGAGGAUAACGUCAAACAGUUAUAGCUUACAUUGAAGUAAGUAAAAAAAAACCAAAAAACGUAUCAAAGCUUUGAAGAAAAUAAUAAACAAUAAUUUUAAACCAACUCUUACUCAGACAGGUGAGUUAAAAAAGAUUUAUCAGCAGACUUUAUUGCUUUUAACCCCGUGAAUUAUUUAAAAGUACUUAUUAGAUACCAGUUUUAAAAAAAAUAAAUAAAAAAGAAAAAAAAAAUGGUAACAAACAAUGUGAUAUUAAUUACAGCUUUGUUUAAACGACUGUAAGCUUCAUCAAUAUGUGACAGGGUGAAAAAGCUUGUAGUUGUAUGGACGUGCAAAAUGCACACAUAUAUAACAAUAUAUAUAAUUAAUUGAAAUAUGUUUUAAAAACGAUUGAACGUAUAAAAAAUGUUUGUUAAAAUUUAACAGAAAAAAUACUGAAAAUAUCGACUAGUGUUUCAUAAACAUUACGACUAGUAGAUUAAUUAUUUGUAUAUUUAUAUAUUUGCAUAUUUGAACAAAACAUUAUAUAUCAUGUCAUUAUAAAACUUGAGACAAAUGUUUUUAUUAUAUUAAUUGCUAUCUUUAUUAUUAAAUAUAUAUACAUAUAAAUAUAUGUAAAGGUAAAACUGUACUUGUUUAUGGCCAAAAAAAAAUUAAUUUGGCCAGUACCUCACAGUUUUGAUGUUAACUAUCGUCUUAAAAUUUUUCUUUAAGAUUUUAUUGUUUUCUUUGUUUAUUUUAAUGUUGAAUAAAUUAAGUAAUAUAUUGAUUGAUAAUUAUUAUUAUUAUUAUUAUGAAUUAUUAAAUAUUUACGUUUUAAUAACGUUAUUUAUUUAAAUCGUUACGAGUUUUGCAAUAAUACUUCGUUUUAUUAUUAUUUUUAAAAAAUGAUACGAAGUCGCUUGUAUCUACGAUAUGAUUGUUCCAGUUUUAGUGGAAAUUGUACAUGGCCUUAGUAAGAAAAAUUUUACUAUAACGUUUCCCGGUCCAUUAAUUAAUGUUAUUGUUUUUACUUUAUUUAAUUAUCAUUAUUAUUUUAUUGAUCUAUUGUUCGUUGAGUUUUGUUUUUUUUUAUUAAAUUAGAGUACAAGUCUGUUUUAGAAUAUUGUAAUUAAAUAUUCAUUAAUAAAUUUAUUAUAAAAUUGAUGUAUGAAAAUUGGCUGACUAAUUAUUAAAUAUUUGAAAUAUAUAUGAUGUAAUUGUAAUUAGCAAUACAAAGUAAAGGGAUGAAAAAAUAUUACGGGCUGUGUAUGAAGGAAGUUACAAGUGCAAAGGUAAAAAAUUUGCCGUAGCUUCGUAUUAAUUGCAUGUCAAACAUGUCUCUAGUUAUAUAAGGACUUCACAUAUUUACCCAUAUUGAUGGUAUUUAUUUUAUUUUUUAUUAUACAACAGUUAUAACAAAUUAUUUUGAACCCACAAUUAGAAAAAAUUAAAAAUAUAUAUUGAGCUCAUACUUAACAGUACUGGAAAUUGUAUCACUAUUUAUAUGAGUCGUUAAAAAAAUGAUCACUGCGGUUUUACGUCUACUACAAGUUUUAAAAAUGAUAUUAAGUAAUUAAAUUUACUACGAAAUUUGUAUAAAUAGAAAUAAUGCCAAGUUAAUUGUAAAAGAAAAUUGUUUCAACGAAUGUGCCUACUCUUUUUAUAUAAAUUCUCACUGUAAUUAUCUUAAUUAUUAAAAACUCGGGUUAAUAAGUACUUAUUUAAUUUGUUUUUUUUUUUAUUUUAUUAUUUUAAAUUUUAUUUAAGUUGAUUGUUUUUCAAAUUAUUGAUUAUAUUUCUUAAAUACAUUGUCAUAAAUUAUGAGUAUGUAGAGUGUGGAAUGAUUCGUUAGAAUGACGAUAUUAUGGGCCAACGUUGAAAAUAUAUUUCCAUGGUGAUAUUGCACACUGUUUUACAAUGUCAAUAAAUAAUGAAUUUAUGUAUUUUUCAAAUAAAAUAUACUUUCUAAUGAAAGUGUAAUAUAUUUGUAUUAUCAAUAAAUAAUAAUUUAAUUUAAAUAUAUGUAAUCGAU